GCAAGAUGUGAAACCGACUACAUGGAUCACAUUCCGCUUCAGAGCGGAGAUUCCCAACCUCGACGCUAUUGGUGUAUUGACCAUAUGACCCUGUCACCCCCCCUCGUCAUUCCGAGUGGAGUAGCUCCAUACGUCUUGCACAGGCCCUAUAAAGCAGAGACGUCCCUGCCACGCAAUCGUCAAUCAAGUACUCAACUGAAAGCAUGUCUGCCGCUACUACAACCAUGGCCGACACACUCCCAGCGGCUGUCAAGACGCAAUCGUUCGAGCUUAAGGGUGCACCGCUCACACCGAGUUCCGAAUUACCACACAUUCCUGGCGGUCUAGAUGAGAAGGAGUUGCAAGAUGCAAGGGUCGAGCCGGAGACGGACAGCCUGGUUCAGCGCGUCAUCACCAACGCUGGACAAACCGCCAAGGCGUACCUUCCACAAUCUCUUGCCGACAUGUUACCAUCGGCAGUUUCGGAGGACACCCGACCCUCUCUGAAGGAUGAGCGCGCGGCUACCGACCUGAGCAUCACCUCGCAAGCCGGGUCACUACUUCCCCCGAGUCCCGGCUCGAUUGAGACUCCGACAGCAUCUACUCCUACAUUGCACCAGUCCUCGCUUGCGAUGAGCACUGUGACAUCGGGCGCAGACUCCACUAUCAGCACGCAAGUACACACGGGCCGUGCUUCGUCUCCGACCCGUGUGUCCCCCAUCCCGAUCCCUCGUGCAGUGUCGCCCUCCGGAUCCAGUCCUGUGCUCAUACCAGGCCCCCCGCCCAAUUCGGUUGUCUCAUCCACUCUUGACACCACCACUGGUAUUUCCCCUGUCCUGGCCCGUGCGGAUGCGCAGCUUCACCGCGUGGAGGAGGAGCAGUCUCUCGACGACGAAUAUUGUCCCGACGGUGGAGCUGCGGCGAAGCACUCCUCAGCGUCUCACAGUGCUGUCACUGCCUCGGGCUGCGUCCCCGGUCGCGCGAACCAGGACAACGAGAUCAAUUCUGGAUUCUGCCCCGACGGAGGUCCGGACCAGGCUCGUGGAUCGCUGGGCUUCAAGUCCGGUGCUCCGGACACGCUGCCACCUUCUGUUCCAACGACGGUCCUGUCUCCUGAAACAUCGAUCCCGGCUGUGGACAAGGAUUCGCCGCCGCCCUCUUCGUCCUCCGACAGUGACAACGACGCAAAGCCAAAGUCUCCCAGCAGGCGCAAGCGUUUCGUCCAGAAACUAAGGAGAAAGUAG